UAGCGGCGGCAGCCGCAGUACGAGUUGCGUGGGGGCAACACAUGGCAACGAUGCGCCCCGCCAUGUGCUUCGUGCCUUCCUUCUGCUCCUUCGACGGUGCGGCGGGUGGCAGCCGCCAGCGGCCUCGCUACCAGCAAAGGGCGUUGCGCCGCGGGGAGCGGCCCUCAGCUGCCGCCGGUCCUUCGCAGGGUGUCUCUAUCUCUUCUGUAACAAAUGAGGAUGAAAAUGCUAAGCAGCAGUCUAAGCCAGCAGAAGUAUUUCCUUGUGGAAAUCAGGAUGGUAAUUCAAAGAUGUCUCCAUUUAGAAGUAGACAUGUAACCACGAAGAGGUCAAGAAGCUCUUCCCAAGAGAUAAUUGUCAUAAAACUUCAAGAAUCUGAUGAUGAAUGUGAUCUUGUCAUUGAUGUGCCACCACAAACUGUUAAUAAAAAGCCAAGAAUAAGUAGGAAGUGUGUAAGUGGGAACAGGGACAAAAAAAUGGCUGCUGAAAUAUGUGCAGAAACAUUACAUGAUAGUGCUAUAGAAGAAAUGCUUGGGUGUACAGAAGAAAAAUCAGAGAAAAUUAUCACUUUGCAGAGGAAUGGCAAAGUUUUAAAUAAAUCUAUAAAACUGGGCAAUGUUUUUCCAAAAGCAAACGAGAUUUAUUUGCCUGAUGUAAACACUGAUACACGGAAGGUUUUGGAGGAAAGAGAUGCCCUUGCUUAUACUAAGGAGAAACAUUUAUCUUCAGCUCCUUCUAUUGAGGCAGUCAUGCAGAAGGGAAUUCUGAAGGAAGGGAAUGCAGAAACCAAUAUAUUCGCCAAAGCAUUUGUUCAGGAACACAGUAGUAAUGAAGACUGUCUGAGCAGACGAAGAGUAACACAGUCUGUCUUGUGUACUGGUUACCUGUCAAAAGAUGAAACUACAAUUGAAAGACCUUAUGAGGAAAUAAUAAAUACAGAGGAAAGUCAGAGUGUAGAAGAAAAUGGGAGUAAUAGUACCCCAGAAGAUACAUACCCAUAUCCAACUUAUUACUUAAACAAGGAAGACAGUGAAAAAACUCUGCUGAGUUCAUCUGCUGAGGAAGCGGAACCCAGUGGUAAGGACACAGAUCUUUCUGAAUCAGAUGAUCCUUUAGAGGAGUGUCGGAGAAUUUUUGAGGAGUUUGAAAGAGAAGCACGAAAGAAGGACAGUGAUAAGCAGGACCAUGGAGGAAACAUAGAUCUCAGCUUAUUAGAAACCAAAGCUCCUGGUCAAAAGAGAAGAAUUGCACACAUGGCAAAAUUGGAUGUACAUAACAAAAAUGAAAUGGAGCCUUUUAAAGCAUCUCUGUGGCAGCAGGGUCAUGAUGCAGAAAUUCAGCAGGCACACUGGGCAGCAAUGAAGUUUCCAGCUACAGUUAAAAGUGGACAAGCUUUUAUUGCUACUGCUUCUCAACAGCAGAAGACUAUGUCUGGAUUGUCAGCUAUUCCAUUUCAAAGCAUUGGACCAAUAGCCUCUGUAAAUUUGCUUGAAGCUCAGCCCAUUGAGACCAGGAGUGGUCAACUGCAUGUACUACUAGAAGGAAACACUGCAACAGCAAAGCCCUGUAAACUGUCUGGUCGUUCAUUCAAAAAGACUGCUCGUGUGCCAUGCAAGGUUUUUACUCAGAAAAAGCCUUGUGUUCCAGAAUCAGGAUCCAAAGUACCACUUGGGACAAGACAGCAAUAUGUCAGUUGUUUUUUUGCAGAAUGCCUCAAAACUUGUAGCACAGUGAAUGAAGCUAUUCACAAGGCCCUGGUAGAAGAGCAAUCUGUUUAUGAUCGUUGUGGCAGUAAAAAAAUGUACCUACAUUUUGCUGUGAAGACUCUCAAAAAUCUGAGAGAUCAUGGGCAACUUAGUAACAGCAUAUUAUCCAUUGGCGCUGAAUCCAUAAAGUCAGAGAAAGCAUUUACAGAUGGGGCUCUAUAUGAACUUCUACAAGAUUAUCUUCUGACUGAGGAGCAAUUGAAUGAAAAUAACUUCCCUCGGCCAAAUCCUGAAAAAAAGGGUAGUGCUAUACUUCCUCGGGUUGUAAAAACUGCUGGAUAUGAUGCUUUCAAAAGAGCGUGCUGUAGGUGUGGCAAAGUAUAUGCCAUUACUUCUUCAGGACAACAUAGACGUAAAGAAGAAUGCAACUAUCAUUCUGGUAGAGUGUUGGAACAAAGAGUUCCUGGUGGCAUGGAAAAAUGCUAUAGCUGUUGUGAGGGAAUAGUUGGGUCUGCUGGAUGUCAGACUGCAAAGCUUCAUGUUCAUGAUGGAAGAAGCAACAAAUUGGAAGGCUUCAUGAAGACAUUAACUAAAUCACCGCCUUUAGAUGGAAACUAUGGUGUAUAUGCUGUGGACUGCGAGAUGUGUUACACAACCCACGGCUUGGAAGUAACUAGAGUGGCAGUGGUUGAUGCUAAGCUACAGGUUGUCUAUGAUACGUUUGUUAAACCAGAUGGUAAAGUUGUAGACUACGAUAUAAGACUCUCUGCAGCAGCAGAGGAUGAUCUGAAGAAUACCACGACAUCUCUUCGGGAUGUACAGGCAAUACUGCUGAACUUGUUCAGUGCAGAUACAAUUUUAAUUGGGCACAGCUUAGAAAAUACCUUAUUUGCUCUCAAGCUAAUUCAUGGCAGAGUAGUGGACACAACAAUAUUGUUUCCUCAUCGGCUAGGUUUGCCUCACAAAAGACCCCUUGCAAGUCUGAUGGCUGACUACCUCAGGAGAAUUCGUCAAGGUGAUGCUAGUGGUCAUAAUUCCAGGGAAGAUGCAAUUGCUUGUAUGGAACUAAUCCUUUGGAAGGUCAAGAGCAAGAAUAAAACAAGAAAAUGGUGAUUAUUAUGGCUUUGGAGGAACAAGAUCUGGGG